AUGUCUUCCACAGAGCAAAAGGAUCAAGAGACAAAAGUUAGACUUGGGGACCAGGAAGAUAGUCCUACAACUACCCCAGAUUUAAACCAUUCUUUUGUAGCCGAAUCAACUCCAGAGCAACAGCAAACAGCAGAACAAACAUCAGAACAAACAUCAGAACAAACAUCAGAACAAACAUUAGAACAAACAACAGAACAAGCACAAGUACAGGCUGCAGAGCCAAUUGCUCCCUCUGAUCACGAGCUUGCUGGUAACGAUGAUGCCACAGUAUUGCCAUCACAACCUCCAUCUUAUGAGCAAACCAAUGAAAGUACCAUUGACCAAGUUACUGUUGGGCCAUCGGAACAAUCGGAACAAUCGGAAUCUUCUGAUCUUGCUUCUUCAUUGUCUACUAGCAAAUCAAAUUCAAAUUCAAAAUCAAAACCAAAAAAGUCCGUUGGUUUUGCUCCUCCGCCUGUUGAAGAUCUCCGUGAACACCAUGCUGCAAUCAAGAAGAAAGAAGAGGCAGAGCUUAAAUCCUCACCUUUCCAUAGAAUUCCUCCAGAAUUAGCGUAUCUUGAAAAGAAGAAUGCUGCACCUCCACCCAAACCAGUAGAUGCAUCGCAGCAGCAAGAUACCAAGAAAAUGAAGCAGAAGCAGUUGCGCCCAAACAGUCAUUUUCGUUUAUCUGAUUUGCCCGAUUUGAGCAAGUUGAAAUUCUUUGAUGUUAAGGACAUAUCUGUGCAAAAUAAGGAGACCGAGUUGCAGUUCCAUUAUACAACCAUUGAUCUUCCACCAAGUUCAGAUAGUGUGAUUGUUGACGUCAAGUAUUCCAGUUUGAACUCUUUUGACUUGAGCAAAAUCAACCAGUACUUGAUGAAUUUCAGUAAUGUCAAGGUUGGUUUGGGUUAUGAAUUUGCCGGAGUCAUUACAAAUGUUGGUUCGAGUACUGGAAAAAAAUAUGCCGUAGGUGAUUUCGUGUUUGGGAUGAUUGAUCCUUCAAGUAGACGUGGGGCAUUGAGCACAAGUCAAUUGGUUUAUCCAGGUAGAGAUGUGUUGAUCAAGGUUGAUGAGGAAACGAUGAAGAAGAUUGAGAAAGUGGAUAUUAACUUAAUUGGCGUGGAGCAGAAUAAACAGUUUAAAGUUGACGAUGGAGAAGAUGAACAAGAGCAAGAACAGGGACAGGAACAGGGGCAAGUGGAGGCUGACGGUGAUGAAAGCUUAGACAAUGUUACAUCACAAGUUGGCCAACUAUCAUUAAAUGAAGAUAUGCCGCCGUUGGCUAAAUUAUCGGCUAUAUCAUUGCUUUACAAUCGUGCUAAACAAAUGCUUCAGUAUUUGAACAAAAAGAGCAAGAGCGCCAACAUUUUGAUUAAUGGAGGCGAUACCAAUAUUGGUAUUACUGUAACGCAGAUCCUUUUGUCACAAUACCCCAUUCUUGACUAUAUCAACCUUAUUUUGGUAAUUCGCGACAAGUCGCAGAGUUAUAUGGAGCAACUUGUAGCAUAUUUCAACAAAAAAUAUUACGAUCCAUCGCGUACCAAAAGAAUCAAGUGCAUUACGUUUGAUAUGUUCAACGAUGGGUUGUUUUUCCCUGGUGAGCGUGUUCCUGUUGCUUAUAAGAAACCCGAUUUCUUUGCCACCGAAGUUAUUGAUGCACUUUUGGUGCCACGUGAUUCUCAGCAGCUUAUCAAUGAGUCCAACAUUAAUGAUUACAAGCUCGAUUUGUUUAUUGAUUUGAUUGGAUGUAAAAAGUAUUUCCAAAGCACGUCUACCAAGCUUCAUGAGAUUGAGUCGUUGAACUUGCCGUUUAAGCAAAACAUUCUGGUUUCGAUUGAAAAGUUAUUUCAAGCUUCAACAAAACUCCCAUUUCUCACCAGGAUUCUUAAACCCAAAAAGUAUGGUUCAGUUGUUGUUAGUGGGUGCAAAUUUUACUUGCGAGAACCUUCGUAUAAUAUAGAUAAGCUUAUUGAUUUUACUGAGCAAGGGGUAACUAACCCAUGGACCAAGGGAUGGACUAGUAGUUUGCUAAACACGUGGACUACGUAUUACUAUUAUGAAGAGAUCUAUUUAAAGAUUAAGCAAAGCUGGUGUCAAGAAGCUUUGCAGUUAGUGCUUGAUGAGCAAUUGAAGUUUAAAGUUGACCAUAUUAUUGACUGGAGGAAAGAUUAUAAGAAAUAUGUCAAGCAGUUGCGCGAGGAUGAUGGUAAAGUGGUAUUCAAGGUUGAAGAUUUCUAA